AUGGGUUUUCGUUUAUCUGGAUUCAGAACGGCACUAUUUGUAGGAAAUGAAGCAUCUUCAAAAGCGGUGGAUGCACCAAAGGGCUAUCUUUCAGUAUAUGUGGGAGAGAAAAUGAAGCGGUUUGUAAUCCCAGUAUCAUACUUGAAUCAACCUUCAUUCCAGGAGUUGUUGAGUCAAGCUGAGGAAGAGUUUGGAUAUGAUCAUCCCAUGGGUGGCCUCACAAUACCUUGCAGUGAAGAUGUUUUCCAACAUAUAACUUGUCACUUGAAUGGGGUUGAUACGAGUGACGUCUUCUCUGGCUCAUGUGGAAGUGAAUUAGAUCACGGUGUCACUGCUGUGAAAUUUGAUGUUAGUGAUGAUAGGACUGAGUAUUGGUUCGUUAAGAACUCAUGGGGUAAAGAAGGGUAG